CAGUCAACAGGCGGUCGUGGGAGCAAAGAAACCCUUGUUCCGGUUUCUUUUCCAUUUAUCUUUUACAACGCUCAGGAAAUCCAGACGAGCGAUACGAGGAAUUACCAAAUUUUUGUAGAGGAUCGCAGAUUAUUAGAACUUUUCACUCCCUAUAGGGUUUACUGCGGGUUGUUUUCUAUCUCGAUCCUCUAGAUUGUUUGCCUGCACUCCGUGCUCUUGGCGUUUAUUUGCAGAAGAUGCAAGUGAGCAUGGCAAUGCAAUAAGACCUACAGGUUGCAAAAGGCUGCAAUGUAUGCUAGGAAGUUGAAAAGUAGAGGGCAGAGCUGGGUUUCCCUAUUAAGUCCAUCAACUAAUACAUUUAGGUCAUGCACUGGAAUUAGGCCUCAAUUUAAUUCAUAUAGAAAUAUCGACGUUAGGGAAAUCUCGCCUAAUCUGAGCGCUGCUAUAAGAUUCUGCUCAUCUACAACGUCUUUGCCAACUUGUUGUGUAGGAUUUUGUAGUAGGUAUCGGAUACCUUUAGCACACAAGUCGUAUAGAUUUUAUAGUUGUAGUGGUGAUGGAAGUAAUGCUAGCGAGGGAAAGCAUGUACCUAUGAAGGAUGGGUCUAAAUUUGAAGAUGGAAAGUCUCAAAAGGAGGAUGGUUUAUCUGAUCCCGAGCACAGCAACCUGCAUGCACGACUUGGUGAGCAUGAACAGCAGGAGUGGCUCAACGCUGAGAAGCUAUCCAUCAAUAGCAAGGAAAAAGAGUCUCCUGUUUUACCAAUGCGGCAGCGGUUUAAGAAUGAGUUCUUGCGGAGAGUGGUUCCAUGGGAGAAAAUUACAGUCUCGUGGAAAUCAUUUCCUUAUCACAUCAAUGAACACACAAAAAACUUGUUAGUAGAAUGUGCUGCCUCGCAUUUGAGACAGAGAAACUUUGCAUUAAGUUACGGUGCGCGGUUGGCCUCUUCAAGUGGGAGAAUUUUGCUUCAGAGCAUGGCAGGGACUGAACUUUACCGGGAGAGACUAGUUAGGGCCCUUGCUAGAGAUUUGCAGGUCCCCUUGCUUGUGCUUGACAGCAGUGUUCUUGCUCCAUUUGAUUUUGGUGAAGAAUAUGCUUCUGAAAGUGACUCAGAGGAUGGGCAUGCUGAAUCAGGAGAAGGAUGUACAUCAGAAUCAGAGGAAGAAGUGGAGAAUGAGGCAAGAAAUGAAGAAGAAUGGACAAGCAGCAGUGAAGCAAAGUCAGGUGAAAGUGAUGAUGAUGAUAGUGUUGAUGUCCGAGCAUCUGCAGAGGCUCUUAAGAAACUUUUGCCCUGCAGCCUUGAGGAAUUUGCAAAGAAUAUAUCUGGUGAAGGUGAAAGUGAAAGUGCACCAGCAACUGCAGAAUCUGACGCCUCUUCAGAAGAAUCAAAAAGGCCUCUCAAAAAGGGUGAUCGUGUGAAAUAUGUUGGGGCUUCUGUGCUAGUUGGAGAUGAAAAAGAAUCUCUGGUGAGUGGGCAGCGUGGGGAAGUGUAUGAGGUUAAGGAGAAUCAUGUAGCUGUAAUUCUUGAUAAUGCAACGAACGAGACAGGAGAUGACAAGGAAAAAGAUGACAAAUUAUCUCUUUAUUGGUUUGACAUUCAGGAUAUUGCGCAUGAUCUUGACACUGAGGCUGAAGAUUGGUAUAUAGCUCUUGAAGCACUUUGUGAGGUUCUGCCAUCCUUGCAACCAGUUAUUGUAUAUUUUCCUGAUUCUUCCAAAUGGUUGUUGAGAGCUGUUCCUAAGUCGAGCCGCCAGGAGUUUAUUAGUAAGAUGGAGCAAAUGUUUGAACAACUUUCCGGGCCUGUUGUUUUGAUAUGUGGUCAGAACAUUUUAGAAACAGGGUCUAAAGAGAAGGAAAAACUAACAAUGGUUGUUCCACAAAUACGCUUUGCUCGGCUGCCUUUUCCUUUGAAACAACUAACAGAAGGAUUAAGAGCACCUAAACAAUCAAAGCAAUGCAAUAUGAGUAAAAUAUUUAGAAAUCCCAUUGUUAUUCCUCUUCCAAAGGAAGAGGAGCAACUCAAAACUUUCAAUAAACAAAUUGAAGAGGAUAAAAAAAUAAUCAUAUCAAGGAAUAAUCUUAUUGAGCUGCAUAAGGUUCUUGAAGAGCACGGUCUUUCAUGUCUGGAGCUUUUACAUUUGAAGACAGAUUGCAUUUUUUUGACAAAGCAAAAAGCAGAGAAAGUUGUAGGGUGGGCUAGAAAUCACUAUUUGUCGUCCAUCAGUGUUCCUUCUGUUAGUAAUGGUAGAUUGCUGAUACCCCGUGAAAGCCUGGAGAUUGCAAUUUCAAGGUUAGGGGAGCAGGAAUCAAUUUCAACUAAGCCCUCAGAGAGCAUAAAGAAUCUUGCGAAAGAUGAGUAUGAAAGCAAUUUUGUUUCAGCCGUUGUGCCCUCAGAUGAAAUAGGGGUCAAGUUUGAUGAUAUUGGUGCUUUAGAAGAUGUGAAGAGGACUUUAAAUGAACUUGUCACGCUUCCUAUGAGAAGGCCUGAGCUUUUUUCACAUGGAAACCUUUUAAAGCCUUGCAAAGGAAUUUUGCUCUUUGGCCCGCCAGGAACAGGUAAAACUCUUCUUGCAAAAGCCCUUGCAACAGAAGCUGGAGCAAAUUUUAUCAAUAUAACCGGAUCUACACUUACAUCGAAGUGGUUUGGCGAUGCUGAGAAGCUCACCAAGGCACUCUUUUCUUUUGCAUCUCGGCUGGCACCUGCCAUUAUUUUCGUAGAUGAGGUUGACAGCUUACUUGGUGCACGUGGUGGUGCCUUUGAACAUGAAGCAACAAGAAGAAUGCGAAAUGAAUUUAUGGCAGCUUGGGAUGGUUUAAGGACCAAGGACAUUCAAAGGAUUCUUAUCUUAGGUGCAACAAAUAGACCAUUUGAUUUGGAUGAUGCUGUGAUACGCCGUCUUCCAAGAAGGAUAUAUAUAGACCUUCCGGAUGCUGAAAACCGUAUGAAAAUCUUAAAGAUAUUUCUGUCCCAAGAAAACCUUGACCCUAACUUUAGAUUUGACGAGUUAGCUAAUGCAACAGAAGGUUAUUCUGGAAGUGAUUUGAAGAAUCUUUGCAUUGCUGCUGCAUAUAGACCGGUCCAGGAACUUCUUGAAAAAGAGAAGCAGCAAACUGAAGGAACUACAACAUCCUCUCUGAGGCAGCUUGUGCUUGAUGAUUUCAUUCAGGCAAAAUCUAAGGUGGGCGCUUCGGUUGCUUACGAUGCUGCCAGUAUGAAUGAGCUUAGAAAAUGGAAUGAACAAUAUGGAGAGGGAGGCAGCAGGAGAAGAACGCCUUUCGGCUUUAUGAACUAGUAAAGGGAAGCAGUUCAUCCAUUAAAGCUCUUUGUGAUUCCUGGAAUCAAAUAGUCUAGGACUAUAUGCUUGUAGUAGUGUUGAGGUCCAUGUUCUUCUUACUAUAAAUUUUUUUAGUCAUGUUUUCACCAUUAAACAACAUUCAAUUAAGCUUCUUUGAGAAUAGAAAUGAAGGGUUUACUGCUUUACUAUUUUUAAUUUGCAAAUAAAUUGUAUUAAAUGAUUCGUGUUUAUAAUUAUUCAAUAAAUUUUACGCUCUUUGUUGACUA